UCUAAUUGGUAAUAGUUUUAUUAUUUAUUUUAUCUUCUUCUUCUUCUUUUUUUUUUUUUUUUUUUUUGUAUUAUAAGGAAAAGCAACAAGCACGGCCAUUUUCUGAGUGCUUGAACUGCUGGACUGAAGAUGGAAGCUCUCAGCGUAGCAGACGAUUCCAUAGAAUUGGAAGCUAAGCGCAAAGAGGACUCCUCUUGGCACCCUUGUAUAGUUUCUCUCAGCUCUUCUGGAGAUAGUCUGAUAGUAAAUUUCGGGAGCCAGGAGUUAAAAGAUAUGAUGUUGAACAAGGAAGAAGUUCUGGCACGCCUUCGUUUCCGGUCUAUGCCGCUUCAAGUUGAUGACUGCUGCCACAUCGAAGAAGGUGAACGUGUACUUGUCAACACAAAAUUACAGUCCAAGGAUUUCUUCCAUGAUGCUGAGGUGGAAAAGGUGGACAGGAUACGACACUCAAAAAGGGGCUGUAGAUGCAGUUUCAUGAUCAAAUGGCUUGAUAACGACCUUGAAGGACAAACCCUUGCUGUCCCAUCAAGUUCAGUCAUGAAGCUUGCUACUAAAAGCAUCAGUGACUAUCCAAUCAUUCAUACACUCUUAAAACCAGAAAAAGACACAGAUUUAUCAUAUUCAUCUCCUUUCUUGACCAUUCUCGACGACUCUGAUGCAGAAAUGGACCUUAAUAAGUUGCUGCAAAAGCAAAUAGAACAGAUUAGCAACUUAGCGGAUGCACCUGUACCUGAGAAAGAUUUUCUAGACGGUUCGCUAUUGAGAAAAAAAGCUGUUCCUGAUAACCGGAAUCAUUUGAAGAGGACAACAUGCAGUAAAACUAAACUGCAAGUGGAUAUAGAAACCAAGUAUCAAUCAGGAACUGCGGCUUCCAUUCAAGAAGAAUUCAUUCAGAAUAGGUCUCGUCUAAGCCCUCUUGCUUCACGUGCAGCUCUAGCAUCAUCCUUGUUAACAGCUAAGAAGUGUCUUGAUAUGGAAUUUAGCUCCUGUAUGACUGCCGACAUGUUUAUGAAGGGUAAACAUUCCUCGGAAAUUUUGGCUAUUUCCGUUCCACUUGUUUCAGAUGCUUCCCAUGCAAUAUCACUGCCAAUUUCAACACAAGGGGAUGCUUCAUGCAAACCCUCUUCUUGCAUACCAACCAAGGUUCGGGGAAAUGAAAAUAAGACCUCAGUAAAGAUUAAUCGUAGUGCUGAAAAUAAGACCUCUUCUCCUGCAAAGGUUACAGCUGAAAAAGUUAUCUCAGAAAUUGCAAUGACUGCUGAACAUGCAAUUGCUAGGGAUAAAAAGUCCUCAGUACUUGGAGAUGUUAAUGCUAGGCCAACAACUCCUAUGAGAUUAACUCGACUGGCAAUGCGGAAAGGGGCUGUGUUUCCAAAUGAAUGCAUUGAGGUGAAGAUCUGCACUGACAACAAAAAGAGAAGGAUAUCUGGGAACAAAAACAAGUUGUGUCAUUCAGCAAUUCGUCAAGAAAAUGAAAAUUUGGGCAAUGAAGAAAAUAACUCAACUCAUAUUAUAGAUUCAGGUUCAUCUGAAAGAAACAUUGCUAUUCUGGAGAGCGAUGUGUCUGCACCAAAAACUGCAAAAGAUGCCUCUACACCAUGCAAGAAUGCACAGAGUGGUAGGAGAGAUCAGGGCAAGAAGAGAAAAGCAGUUUAUCCAGAUAAGCAAGGCCAACGAUUUUCACCUCGAAAUCAUCUACCCCGGACUCGCUCCCAGAAUAAAUCCCACCAUGGGAAGUAAUUAGCAGUUAAAACUUAUAUUGCUAGCUCUAGUGGACAUUAGCUAUCUAGCAAAAACUAAUUGCUCUACGUAUUGUAAAUGUUGAGAGCAACACCAAUAUGCAGUAAUCUUUUGAACCGAACCAUCUGGUUUAUUUUUUUAUUUGGUGUGAUGACGAAUGUGAAUCUGACAGGAAGGUCUAUGCUAGUAAGAUUUUGAAUCACAUUUUCAUCAAUAUACAAUCCGGAUCUCGUGGUUACUGAUAAA